AGCGGGCGGCUGGCUCUCUCUGGGCUCCCUGCCAUCCUCCUGCCCUUUGCAAGAAGGCACCACAGGCUGGCUGGUCGACUCAAGGGAGCACUCCUCCGCCUUUGAUAGACAGGUCUGGGGCUCGGUCAUGAGCUCCCAAGAGACCCCACAAGCUCGGAGAUUUCCAAUAGAGGCAGGAGAUUCUCCCAGCCUGGCGACCGCCCCUGAAACACAGGAGCCGGUUGCACCUGAGCGCACUGCAACAAGGUGAGGAGAGGACCGGGAGCUGCGACGAUGUCCUGGAUGCCACUGCCUGACGUUGCCCAACGUCCCCAUUGACGUCUACAUUGCCAUGGGUGGGAGCCAUAGGCCACGAACCACCUGAAGGCUCCCUCCGGCCGGGCUCCAGCGCUGAGGCCACGGCGGCUGUCCCAGGGAACACACUGACAGCCGGACAACCGCAAAGCAAGCCACACAAAACAGUGACGGACAUUUUAAUAA